GGGGACUUGCAGUUGUCCUGGACUGGUACACUGAUUUCAGUCAGUGUGAUCGAGUCUACCUCCCGGCUUAUCUGCGCCUCGACUCCAGCAUCAGUAGCAUCUGUCAGCUAGCUAGUUAAACCAUGAAGAUCUGGGCAUCUGAGCACAUAUUUAACCAUCCUUGGGAGACGGUGACCAAGGCUGCUAUGCAGAAGUAUCCCAACCCCAUGAACCCCAGUGUGAUCGGAGUGGAUGUUUUGGACAGAGGCAUCGACAAACAGGGACGCCUCCACAGUAAAAGACUGCUUAGCACAGAGUGGGGUCUUCCAUCCAUAGUCAAAUCUAUCAUUGGUAACUCUCGAACAUACACGUAUGUUCAGGAGCACACGGUUGUGGAUCCCAAAGAGAAGAUUUUUGAACUUCAGUCCUCAAAUAUCACUUUCACAAACCUGGUGUCUGUGGAUGAAAAGUUAACAUACAAACCACAUCCUGAGGAUAAAGACAAAACAAUACUGACCCAGGAGGCGAUCAUCUCUGUAAAAGGAGUCAGUCUCAGCAGUUACUUGGAGGGAGUUAUGGCGAGCACCAUCUCUGUUAACGCUGGAAAGGGCCGUGAAGCCAUGGAGUGGGUAAUCAGGCGCCUAAAUGCAGAGAUCGAGGAGCUGGCAGCCACAGCACGCGGGACCAUACGGACCCCUAUGGCCGCUGCAGUCACUGAGAAAUGACACCUGCCUUUCUUUUGCAGCAGCGUCUGAGAGAAACUUCACGACAGUCCAACCAGCCUCUCUUUAUGAUGCUCUGAUGCCGUUUUGGUGCUCUGGAUCUUAUAUACUUUACUAUCUACAUUAGAUUGACUGAAGUUUAAACACCACUGUUAUCUGUGGGGUUGGAAACAUGUAGCAAAGAGGUAUUCAAGGCACUGGAUAAAUUGAAAACACAAGAAAAGUGCCAAAGCAGACACCGCACUUUUGGUCCAGCACCCUUUGCCAGCUGUGUUUUCAUCUUGCAAAUGACCUCAGAAGUGUCCACUGACAUUAACUCUCUUAUUACAGCGACAGAGUCAUAAGAAAACAAAGUUAUGGUAAGAUGUAUAGGCGUUACUGUUGAGACAUGAUGGCAGAAAACAAUGUGUGGUUUAGGCAGGAGUCGAGUUUAAUGGGGAACAUGGAAGGGGUUUCGGGUGUCAAGAUUGUAAAUUAACAUCGAGAGUGACACGCCAGUAAAAUGUUUCAACGUCAGGUUUAGUUCUGUUAAGGAGCUAUCGCCAAACAACGUUUUCUACCGGGACCUCAGUUAAAACAAGACACUGCACCAGGCAAUGUAUGUAAGCCUGAAUAUAAACUGUAUUUUGUAAUUAUGUGAUAACUAAUAUUGUUGGUAUUUAAGUGAAAUGAAGGAUCAAUAUAUUUACCAUAUUUAUUUUUUUUAAGUAAUGGAGAAGACCUUCUCAAAUGCUGCGUUAGUAUAACUUUGAUAUAAAUCAGUCCGAUGUGUGGAGACAAAGCAGUAAACACUUUUAGUUGCAUACUGUCCCUGAACAUGUUUAAACUCCAACAGUUUUAUCAAUACGCACAAGACCGUUCUUAAUAACAAAGUCCUCUCAGCACGUCCUGUCAGUGUGAAGGCUGAAACCAUGGCUUUUACUUUUAUGUGCACUUACAAAAUAGUUAUUUUAAUGAAGAAAAGCUGCCACAUAUGCUGAUGAUGCUGAAUGUUUUGGUAUCUCUGUUUGAUAGACAAUUGGCAUUUGAGAAGGUCUUUCUAAAUGUGACAGCAGUGUGGUGAUGGAGAAAGUUUUAGUUUCUUUAAUAUAUAUUUUUCUACCUGUAACAGGAAUAUUUAUUAAGAGAAGUAGUGAGUUGAAAAAAAUCUCAUAUCAUGCUUAGUUAGGAAUUGUAAUUUGUGCAUUUUGUCCAGGUGCCCACUGAAAAAAAAAAUGGUUUUACCAACUGCAGAAUGUGGUAAUAAAAUGAAAAUAUUUUAACCUGUUUAAUAGAAGGUCUUUGCCAGUAAUUCUUCAAAUUAGGUCCUACAAUAAAAAGGCCUGGUUACUGUUAAGGAGGAAAUUAAAUAAUUUCAGAAAAUUAAAUGUUCUGUUUUUGAGUUAGCAUUUAAUAUAAGAAAUAUUUAACAUGGAGUGGAUAUUCAUAAGAAAAUAUUAUUUUCAAGUAGCAAUAUGGUCUAUGUGAAAACAUAGUAUGUCAACUGCAUAUUAUUCUGUGAAAUAAUAGCUUCAGUAGUUGCCUUUGGGAGGCUCAGUCAAGAGAUUCUCAAUAAAUGCAUUCCAAAAGUCAUUAUUAACUGAAGGGUGUGAAGGUAUGCUCCUCAGGUGCUCCUCUAUAUUAUUAGUCUACAUACCUACAGUAGGUGUCGGCCAGUACAUCUGUACUCAUCUAAUGUUAGUCACUUUCUAUGAAAUUCAAUAGUUACAUGCUGCCACGCUGUGGCCAAAUGCUAGACUUGCAAUUUCAUAUUGAGUAGUAGUGUAGUGUAAAAAAUGGUUUUAUGUAAUAUAUUCUAGGAAAAGAGGUUGGGCCGAAGCCGAUUAUAUGUUGCUGUUUUUAAGUUACUGGCUGGAGAAAAACAAAUGUGUGCUGUCAUGUGAAUGUUGAAAAUAUAGUUAUUUGAAUUAUUAACUGUA